CAGCAACGCUGUGGGUGCUAUAGUUAUGUUACAUAUUAAUAGUAGUAUUAGUACUCGGGGUUUCUGUUUGGGGUUACCUGUGCUCCAUACCCCCACAGCCACCUCCCCCACCCCGUUUCUAAAGUGGACACAUGGUUUGCAAAACAUUUUCCAGAAUAUUUAGAGUUCAAAUUUGUUUUUACUAUCUGAACAAGAAUGGUAACAAUGUCAGUCAUUUGUGAAAAUCAACAUGGAUGGGUAAUAGACCACCUAGCAUCUAUUUCCAAGGUGUACAAGAAAACAAAGUGUUACAUAGAUGUCAACUGCUUGAAAUCAAAAUUUGUAACUGAAUGCCCGCCAGAUGGACUGAAAUUCAAUCAUGGAAGUGAAGAUAUGGAUGGAAAUAAUUCAUUGCUGAUGUCUUUUACUGAUACAGAAACUCCAAAACAAGUUACAGCAGAUGUGACAAGUUUACAAGAUUUACACAUGACAUCUAAUAAGGCUGAGCCAAGUACCCUAUCAUAUGCCUUUAAAAGUGACCUGUUUGCUAUACACCAAACCUAUAUGAUGGACACACAGUUUGAAAAGAUUCAACAACAAAUGGCUGUCGAUUCUAAUCGACAUGUAUUACCAGUGAAAAGAAAAAGAAAGAGGCAAUCUGUUCAGCACCAAAUUCUGUGUGGGAAUGACAACAUUAAAGCUGUAUGUGGCAGAUUAAAACUGGCUCUGAAUUCCCUUGUUGAAGUGGCCCAAUGCCAUGGUCACCUGGUACACGUGGGUAAACUACCACCUGACAACAACCUCCGUGCACGGUCUGCCGCUCACAUACGACUUUAUGAUAACUCAAUGGCAGAACUCUGUGAGGACUGGAAAAAUAGCAUUUAUCAGAGGAAGUCACUAAUUGUGGAAGACUCAGGGUGUUACAAUGGGUUGGACAUAGUGAACAGAAAAGUGGAGAAUAACAAAGAGUGUGUAGUGACUCGGGUGAUGGGUGAGCUGUAUCUGAUACCAGCCUCUUGUAACUUCAUGUUAUCCAGUAUGUCCUACCUUCUACACAACUCUGAGCUGUUGACAGUUGAUGGUGGUUAUGACUUGAUAGUCAUUGACCCUCCCUGGCAGAACAAGUCUGUUAAAAGAAAGAAAAGCUAUUGUGUAUUAUCAGAGGAAGAGAUUGGCACAUUGCCGGUGCCCAAGCUUGCUGCCCCAGGCUGUCUUGUAGUGAUAUGGGCUACCAACAAGUCGCGCAUUCUACAGUUUAUCACAAAGUUGCUGCCAUUGUGGAACAUUCAGCAGUUUGUCACUUGGUAUUGGCUGAAGGUGACAACAUGUGGUGUACCGAUAUCCAGUAUUGACUCCACUCAAAAACAGCCGUACGAGAUGCUGGUCAUGGGAAGAACAGCAUGUGAAUCUCCAAGUGGUAACCAUGAUGAUCUGCCUAGAGACAAAACUGUUAUCAGCGUUCCAUGUAGUCUUCAUUCCAAAAAACCUCCUCUUCUAGAACUCCUUUCACUAUACCUGCCAGAAAAUCCCAAAUGUCUGGAACUCUUUGCCAGAAACCUGUGGCCGGGAUGGACAAGUUGGGGCAAUGAGGUUCUCCGGCACCAGCACAUCAACUUCUACACUCAAAUUACAACAGAUGAUAAAAGACCUGCAAAUAGUGAUGUGGAGGAAGCGGUUGUAAAAUGAAAAGCAUAAAGAAUAAAUGAACUGCAUUUAAAAUGGUGUUGCAUGGUGUUGCAUGAUGUAUGCAAAUCAAAGGGAUACGGCACUGGUGUGGUGUUCCAGAAAUAGGUUUUUUGUGUGUGUUUUUUUAGCAGUUUUAUCCGACUUUCUGCAAUAAUUGACAGAACAUUCUAUUUGUGCUAACUUGAAGAACCAAACAUUUAAUCCAAAUAAAUCAUUUGGAAGUGGUAAA